AUGGGGGCAUUCACUGGCCUCUCCUAUUCCCUCUCCCGACCACCACCACCACUCCCCCAACCCACCGCCUUCGUCGGAGGCAGCUUUGCUUCGCUACCCUGCGCCGAGCUAGCUAGGGAGAGGGGAUCAAUAUACCACCCCGCGCAUCAACCGGAGAGACGUACGAUCGAUCGAAUAGCUAGCUAGCUCUCUAGCUCGGGGAGAGAGAGAGACAAAGAAGCCUCUCUCUUCGCAUGGGAGGAGGGACCAACGGCAACGGCGGCGGAGCGGCGUCAGCUAUGGACGUCUACCUUCCCCGGACCCAAGGCGACGUCGACGACGACGGCAAGGAGAGGAGGACAGGGACGGUGUGGACGGCGACGGCGCACAUAAUCACGGCGGUGAUCGGGUCCGGCGUGCUGUCGCUGGCGUGGGCGAUGGCGCAGCUGGGGUGGGUGGCUGGCCCCAUCACCCUCCUCCUCUUCGCCGCCAUCACCUUCUACACCUGCGGCCUCCUCUCCGACUGCUACCGCGUCGGCGACCCGGCCACCGGCAAGCGCAACUACACCUACACCGACGCCGUCAAGUCCUACCUCGGUGGCUGGCACGUCUGGUUCUGCGGCUUCUGCCAGUACGUCAACAUGUUCGGCACCGGCAUCGGCUACACCAUCACCGCCUCCAUCUCCGCCGCGGCUAUCAACAAGUCCAACUGCUACCACUGGCGCGGCCAUGGCACGGACUGCAGCCAGAACACGAGCGCCUACAUCAUCGGCUUCGGCGUCCUGCAGGCCCUCUUCUGCCAGCUCCCAAACUUCCACCAGCUCUGGUGGCUGUCCAUCAUCGCCGCCGUCAUGUCCUUCUCGUACGCCGCCAUCGCCGUCGGCUUGUCGCUGGCGCAGACCAUCAUGGACCCGCUGGGGAGGACGACGCUGACGGGCACGGUGGUCGGCGUCGACGUCGACGCCACGCAGAAGGUGUGGCUCACGUUCCAGGCGCUGGGGAACGUCGCCUUCGCCUACUCCUACGCCAUCAUCCUCAUCGAGAUCCAGGACACGCUGCGGUCGCCGCCGCCGGAGAACGCGACGAUGCGGCGCGCCACGGCGGCGGGGAUCUCGACGACCACGGGGUUCUACCUGCUGUGCGGCUGCCUGGGCUACUCGGCGUUCGGGAACGCGGCGCCGGGCAACAUCCUCACCGGCUUCGGCUUCUACGAGCCAUACUGGCUGGUGGACGUGGCCAACGCCUGCAUCGUGGUGCACCUCGUCGGCGGGUUCCAGGUGUUCUGCCAGCCGCUGUUCGCCGCCGUGGAGGGCGGCGUGGCGCGGCGGUGCCCGGGGCUGCUCGGCGGCGGCGCGGGGCGGGCCAGCGGCGUGAACGUGUUCCGGCUUGUGUGGAGGACGGCGUUCGUGGCGGUGAUCACGCUGCUGGCCAUCCUGAUGCCCUUCUUCAACAGCAUCCUGGGAAUCCUGGGGAGCAUCGCGUUCUGGCCGCUCACCGUCUUCUUCCCCGUCGAGAUGUACAUCCGGCAGCGGCAGCUGCCGCGGUUCAGCGCCAAGUGGGUGGCGCUGCAGAGCCUGAGCCUCGUCUGCUUCCUCGUCACCGUCGCCGCCUGCGCCGCCUCCAUCCAGGGCGUCCUCGACUCGCUCAAGACCUACGUGCCCUUCAAGACCAGGUCCUGAUUCGACCUCGCCGUAGUGCGUUAGUGUAUACUCUCGGUUUGAUUCCAUAUGGAUAUGGGGGAAUAAUGAUUUACUACAGUCGUUUUGGACUCUCUGAGGUGCAGCUUUAUCUGAAGAUUUUAUGAGAAGGAUUUAGCUUAAGUGUGGUUCGUAUAAGUAUUAUUAUGGUGUUAACAGCUGGGUAAUUUUAGACGAUAUUAUAAGGGUCAAAUUUAAUGCUCUGCUUAGCCAUAUAGUAAUUCCGAAUAAAGUCCAAAAUUAAGGCAACAUAGAGCUCUGUUGGACACACAAGUUUCAGCAGUGUUUCAGUUCAGGCUGCAGUUUCAGCUUCUACUCAAGAACAGCACAUAUUAACACAA